CAUCAGUACCAGCAGAGACCCGGAGCCUUUCAUCCACGCACAGAUCGAGCUGCACCCUCCUGCCUCCCCGCCCGCCAUGAAACACACUCUGGCUGAACUGAUGAGGAUGAGCAGGAUAUGCCGGAUGGUAUUUGCCACUUGUUUGGGAUCCUUUAUUCUGGUCGUCUUUUAUUUCCAAAGUAUGUUCCAGCCAGUCAUGCGGAGGAACCCCUUCAUGGUUGACAGCUGCUGUAGGAAAGGGUCCCGCAACGCCUUGCAGGAGCUCUACAACCCAACACAGAUGGAGUUGUCAGGAGCAGCCGUCCACCACCAGGCCAGGAGGGAUCAGGUUAUGGAUGCCUGUCGUAUCUACAGUGCAUCCAGCCGUAAGCGGCGAGUCCUGACACCUGGAGACCUAAAACACCUUGUGGUGGACGAGGACCAUGAGCUCAUCUAUUGCUAUGUCCCCAAGGUGGCCUGUACCAACUGGAAACGGGUCAUGAUGGUGCUCACCGGUCGGGGCAAAUACAGUGACCCGAUGGAUAUCCCUUCAAACGAAGCUCAUAUUCCGACCAACCUGAAGACACUGAACCAGUACAGCAUUGCAGAGAUCCACCACCGCCUCAAGAACUACCUCAAGUUCCUCUUCGUCCGCGAACCCUUUGAGAGGCUGGUCUCCGCAUACCGUAACAAGUUCACCCUCAAGUACAACUCGUCCUUCCACAAGCGCUUCGGCACCCGUAUAGUCCGUCGCUACCGAAAGAAUGCCACACAGGAAGCCCUGCUCAACGGUGCUGAUGUCAAGUUCAAAGAAUUCACAGAGUACCUGGUGGACCCAGCCACGCAGCGUGAUGGCCCACUCAACGAACACUGGCAGACUGUCUACCAGCUUUGCCACCCAUGUCACAUCCACUACGACUUGGUGGGCAAGUACGAGACACUGGAGGAGGAUGCAAACUAUGUGUUAGGGUUGGUGGGUGUCAGCGACUCCCUCCACUUUCCAAGUUAUGCCAAGUCCACCCGCACCACAGAUGCCAUGACGGCCCAUUUCUUCAGCAAUAUCAGUACUCAAGAGCAGACCCAACUCUACCAGCUUUACAAGUUGGAUUUCCUCAUGUUCAACUACUCCACACCCAGCUACCUCCGGCUGGACUAACAGAGGACAGAGCUGGUACUCUGAGAAUUCUUGCCUUGUUUAAGGACAGGCAACAACAUGAGGGAAGGGCAGAAUUUUUUGGAAGCAAAUUUGAGUUUAAAAACUGUUGUUGUACCUAGCGGGUGUGUGGUCUGAAAUAAACAUAGAAGGAAAAGAAGGAAGUCAUGCUCGCCUGGGCAUAGGUUGGAUGAUGUCACUCUGGGUGAUACAGAAAACACUGACUUGAUUAGAGUGUGGUACAAAUGGAGCAGUCACAGGAAAAGACUAAAAUGAGAGGGUGAAGCAGGUCUUCAAGAUGUUUUAAAGGGGGAACUUAUCCUCAGAGGACAGACUUGAAGAGGGACUCCCCUGAUGAAGUUCCCUACACAUUUAUAUAAACUGCUGACCAAUUAGGCUGCUUUCAAUUGUGCAAAGUAAACAGCAGCCUUGCACGUGCCCUGAGCCCAAUGCAUCGUGGGAGCUAAGCUUAUCUUCCCCUCCUCUGAUCAAUAGAGCAGCUCCGCCAAAUUGUAAAAGACAAUUCAUGUCCUUUGCUGCGCUGCCAGCAUGGUGUGUUAGCACCCAUCACCCUUGCCCUCAUUAAAUUCAUACAUUUCAGAGGGAAACUGGCUCAUCACCACCUCAAGGACGCCUUGUGAUGGAUGGCUACUGACUAAAUUAUCAUGACCUCUACAUCUGUAACUAUGGUGGCAUGGCUUUCCGCCAUCAGUUUCGACCAAUCAAGUUCUGUCACUGGUCUCUAUCAUUAUGAUGUUGGCAAGAGGGAUCCCUUGUGUUACACACAGAUGACGUCUACUGCAACAGUGAAGUAUGGCCUUGUUUAAUAAAACAUUGCCUGAAACGACCCUUAACACUUUGAGCUACAGAAUGGGUUUGGAAAGGGACAGGAUGUACUCACAGGAUUGGAUGGUCAAAGACACUCUGCGUGGUUGUAAAAGGGUUAAAGGUGCUAAAUCUUGUAACCCUGACCUUCUGCAUCCCAUCCAGGGUCAACACAUCCAGAGCCACAUCCACAAACCUGCGGUUCCAGUGUCUUUCUUUAAAUUAAGAUGAUAAUUUUGUCUAUAUGCUAAGUUUUGUUUAUAUUGGAGCAUUGCUGCGAGCAGCAAUUACAAAAGAUUAUUUAAUAAGCUUCGUUCAUUUAAACUAAAAGAAUUAAAAUAAUGUUUGUUUUUUCUGAGCUAAUGAACAUUGUAAAGUAUUUUUAGAGUUGAACUGUUAUUAAGAGUUCUGUCAUGUUGAUUUCUUUUUUCACAACUUGCCUCUGGUACCAUUACGUUAUCAGUGCAUCACAGCACUUUCAUCUCUGAAGGGCGGUGCGUUUUGACCAGUGACUUUGUCUUUCUGUGUCUGAGAUCAUCAGAGAUUUGUGGGGGAUUUUCAAUUUCCUGUUCGGCGCCAUAAAGGCGGUCAAAGCUUCAAAGAUCGACACUCAGUUUUGAGUCCACAUCAUUGCCAGCAAGCAAACCCAUGGGACGAUUACCCCAUCCCCAACCAGACCAAGAGAGAUAGCUGCUGUUCUCAGUGCCCAUAUCAGUAAUCUCCUGCCCACAUCACCGAAUCAGAUACUAUCUCAUACUGUAAUGUGAUUGAUUUAAGUGAUGCUAAGCAAUGUCAAGGUUAAUAACUGCACUCUCCAUCAUGCUGUGAAUUGGAUUAGGGCUGUUGUGUAAGCAUUACACCGGAGAGAGCACGAGAGAGGAGGAGGGGAAACAGAGAACAGGUGACCUGUCUCACUCACAAUGACAAGAGCAAAAGGGAGUCGUUUAGAUUUGUGCAAAUUUUUUGUAUAUUCUAAAUCACUUCACCUUCAAAGCAAAAGUAACAUUUUUGAAAAAGCUGCAUCUCUUUGUUGUAUUUGAUGGAACCAGAGAUUUUCUCUCCCUCUGUUUGUUAGACUGAGUUUAACCAAGCCCUACUUUUAAAGGAAUCUGAAGGGUAUGUUUUAUUAAUUUAUGUGUUAUCAAUCACUCCUGCUGGUAAAUAACUUCAACUUAAAUAAGAGUAAAUAUCUCAGAGAUUCAGUGUCGAGAAGUUGCUGAUGAGCACAAGAGCAAGAAGCCCCCCCCCCCCCCUCCAUAAGCCCCAGGUUCUCUUGAAUGAAUGGGUGUAUGCACUACUAAAGCCCAUCAUCAGUCGCUGGGAUUUACACAUCACAUCUGAAUGUGUAUCAUGCCCUUACUUCAGAGUUGACAGUAAUUAGCACAUUCGCCUGUGGAUUUUGCCAAUGAGUCAGAAAGCCUACAGUUCCUUGUGCACUGGUGACUGACUGGCAGAGUUUAUAGUCAUUGAGAGGGAGGUAAAAAAUUCCAGAAAGCAAUUUCUUUUAACACAGAAUGAGUAAAUGCACCUGAGUGCAGUGUGAGCCAUCAAACGUUUAAACAAAGAGAAAAGACAGAUUUAGAUGUAAAACAUACAAGGAUAUUGGUUUUAUAAUAAUACGAUUCUUAUUAACUGUAGUAUCAUCUUCAGUGCAGCUCUGCAGUGAUAGUAUACUGCAGUAUAACACAGUUUAUACACGGUAAAAACCAAAAACAUUUUACUUCUACUAAACUGAUUGAUUACUUAAUAACUAAUAUUGCAAUUCAAGGCCAGAUUAGCUCCCCAAUAAAGUUUAAGUUGUGACCCCACAUAUUGUGGUGGAUGCUUUAGCUUCAGACCUCCUCAUGUAGUGGUUAGUGUACAUGUUUACAAGCCUGUGUGUGGCUGGUGAUGUGUCCCGUUUUCCUGUAUUUACCCUCAAACCGGCAUCUGGCUCUAAUAAAGUAGAAAUGCUCCUGGCCUUGCCUGUAGCCCUGGGCCUGCAGAAACAAUGGCUGUAUUCUCAGCACAGCUUCGUCACAUUAGCACUUCUGCUGAUGCUGAUGCCACUCAGCUUCUUACCCAGCAGUUGCAGGGAGAGGCAACACCUCUCCACUUUAACAAACAAUAAACUGCUCUUUAGCCCCAGAAUGGGAGACAAACGUUACACGAAGGACCUCCUAACCUACAAACAAGUCACCACAGGGGCCUCUAUUUUCUCCUCUUCAAUCUCCCCUCUAAAGUGGCCUCCUAUAUUUAAAAAAACGGAAGCAAGUCAGUGUCAACGAUCCGUAGCGUCCCUGUGGGAAAAGGUCAGCCUGUUUAAACAAACUGAGGUGGCAUAAAAUCCCCACAGAGAACUAAGUGAGCACUGAGGCCAUGGCUGAUUUCCUGCCUCAGAUAGAGACACCCCAGCACAGUUGGAGUGCUUUUGUCCUCAUUCUUUACUCCAGUCUGCAUAAAUCCAUUCAUUUCCACUGCCCAGCUGUCUCAUUCUGUGGGGAGUUAUUAUAUUCAUGUCAAGCUGACAGCUUUAUUUAUGUUGUUUUUAAACAACGUCUAUUAUUAGACUGAAAUAUUAAUUUGCUAUUUUGCCGAAGACACAGGACAUCCUCAAAAGAUAACUGAUUAUGUUUUGCUCACGCACGACUGGAAGAUAUGUGCGUGGGUCUUUUUUUACAAUUAUCACAAAUCAUACACGGUAGUUGUCAACAGCAGUUAGAGGAAAACUAUGUGUAUCUAUAUGAUGCUAUCAAGCUAUAGUCAGGAGCCACUGAAGCUAAACUGAAUGCUUGUUAGCGGUAGCUUCAUGUUUAUCAUACAGACAUCCACGUGAUAUAAAUCUGAUCUUCUCACUCUCAGCAAGAAAGGAAAAAAGUGUACUCCCCCUGUCUUUAUCGAGAAAAAGCUAUUAAGAGUAAAACUUAGUAAAUAAAAAUUCUCUAGUUUUUCAGGUUUCAUUCUGGAUCUUGUUUGGCGCCAAAAACAUUAUAAGCGAAAAAUAAAUUCCUCAAUAAAUAUUAUUGUGGUUCAUAUCAUCGGCACAGAAGGACAAAGCAGGAACUUUUGAUCAGCUUCUCUCCGACAGUUUCAGUUCGGACAUAUCUACAGUCGGAAAGAAGUUUUUUGUACAGUCUAGACCAGGGGUAGGCAACCUUUACUAUCGAAAGAGCCAUUUUGGCCCCUCUUCCCCCAAAUUAAAUGUGUCUGGAGCCGCAAAACAUAUUUGAUAACACAGGUUAUAAAGUUAUAUAUAUAGUUAUACAAUAUAUAUAAAAACUAUAGUUUGUUGCAUUUAUUAAACCACAGAACGACAAAGAAAAAACUGUUGACAUUUAACUGCUAUUUUUACCUGUUACAAAAAAGUGUGCUUGCUCUGAAAAUGUCUUUUAAACAUUACCAUUUUUUUGAUUGCUUAUUCCUUGUCACAUAUCAAGCAUACAGGUAAGCCAACAUCGUUGGCAGUGAAAGCAAAUGAAUCUGAAUUAAACUCUAUUUUCCUCCCAGACUUUUCUUUUUGGGGAUUUGUCCCUGGUUAGUUUACUUAGGCCGGUGCUCAGAAACUCUAGAUAAGCAACCUGCAGGGAAGAGCGCCGGGCCGUAAUAGGAUGUGACGCAUAUUUUAGUUGACGAAAUAUUACAAAAAAACUUGAGAGCAGGUCAGACUGUAGGCAACACCGAAACUGAAGCUGGGUACAAACCAAAUGCAGCUUCUGCUCUGAUCAAGAAGCUGCGGCGCUGCGGCGCUGAUCUCUGAGCCCCGGGGCCUGUGUGUGUGUCUGCUAUCUGGGAGCGCACACACACACACACACACACACACACACACACACACACACACACACACACACACACACACACACACACAUUCACCCGCUCCCGGUAUUUCAUGGCGGCCUGAUACGAUGAUGAAAAAAUGAACGUGAACGUGACGUUCACUCACGUUCAUCAUAGGAAAACCGAUUCGUUAAGUUCACCGUUCGCGAAAAAUAUGCGCAACGUGCACUGUACAGGGAGCCACUGCAGAGGGGCUGAAGAGCCGCAUGGGGCUCCGGUUGCCGACCCCUGGUCUAGACAUAAUAUUAUUUACGCCGCUACUGUUUUUCAGUUGGUAGGUCUGGAUAUUAUUUAAAUCAAUGACUCUGGUUGCAUCAGACACACACACACACACACACUCUUGUCACUUACUUUAUGAAUGACAAAAAUUAAAAGAAACGUCAUUGAAUUUGGCUAGAAGGAUAAUUAUAAUAUAUUACAAUGUUAGUUGCUGAGCUCUGAGAGAACAUCAGAAAAUAUCAGUGGAAUAAAUUCAGUGAACCAGUUGGACAAUGAGGUUAUGAACCCCUUUGUUUGGAGGAGGAUACUCCAGAGAGGACUGCGUCUGAAACAUGCGUCAUCCCAACAUUCAAAUUAAAAUCAGUGUUUCCACAACUCAGCAACUUCUGCAGUAGGCCAAAGGCUGAACCACAAAGUUACUCUGCAAUAAUUUUCAGAGUAACUUGACUAAAACUCUGAAUCAAUGACCACAUGUCUGAUAGAACCACAAAUCCAAUGGAUAUGUGUCUGAUUCAGCCAUGCAAGUCUUUUCCUGCAUGAUAAAGAAUGGGGAUGUCGUAUUUCUACCUUUUAACAUUCACGGGAGAUGGUGACACCCGACUUACAGCCGUGAUUCAGUGACACAGCAGAAAAAACUCUACUUUGAUUUGAGUCUUCCUGAAGAACAAUAACUGUGCCCCACACACCCAUGAGGACCAUGUGAGGCUGGAUGAGGAUUAUCCUGCUGCAUCUGCAAACUGAGCGAUCAAAACGUUUUUUUGGAAACAUCCGUCACUGUUUAUAGACAGACCCCUGGCUUUUGACUUUAACCUUCCAUAUUAUAGAAGCUUAUUCUAAUGAACUGAGCCUUUUGAUACUGUGGGAAGUCGUCCAACUGUUUUUCUGACAACUCCUUUUUCCUGCCCCUUUUAGAUUCUGUUGUUGCACUAUUGUAACUUCGCCUGAUCCCGACAAUGAAUUUACAAAGUACAAUUGUAUUAUUAAUAGAAAGUACAAUCAAAACAUAAAAAAUGUCAAUCAUAGAAGUAAAUUAGUAGAAUUGUCGUUUAAAGAAGCUGCCUUACCUGAUUUCCACCAAGAUGCUACAAGUUUAUUGUUUACAGAGCAACUGUAAAGAGCAUGUCAUGUCCUGCAUAUGCCCAGUGAAGGACACAACAAAGUAAUUUUCUUGUAUAAAUCAGUAUGAGUGGAAGGCUCACAAAAUGAAUACGUUAUCACGUGUGAACAGAAGUUGUCGGACUAGUCCACAUUAGCGUGGCUCAGUGAGCCGGCCACGUUUUGUCUGGUACAUCCUCUUUCAUUGAGCAGAGGUCACACACCUCAAGAUGGUGUGGCUGUUGCACUGUAACUUGUACAUUGUGUGCGUGACCUUAUGAGAAAGGCUUUCAGGAUCAUUAGUGUCUUUUAUUGAGUUA